AUGGUGGACGAGAUGUUCGAUGUUGUUGUCGUUGGAUCUUGCUUUGUAGACUUGAUAUGUUAUGUUCCUUAUUUUCCAAAAUUUAAGGAGACAGUAAAAGGAAAUAAAUUCCAAUUAGACUUUGGUGGUAAAGCAGCCAAUCAAUGUAUUAUGGCUCAGAAACUUGGAGCAAAAACAACAAUGAUUGCAAAGAUUGGAAACGAUCAAUUUGGGCAAGAUACGAUGCAGAAUUUUACGAAGUUCGGAGUGAACGUUGAUUUUAUUUCGGUGACUGAUAAAGCAGAGACAGGUCUCACAAGCAUAGCUGUUAACAAUGCUGGUGAGCCGGCAUUUAUAAGUAUGGCAGGAGCAAACAGGCAUCUUAUAAUUGAGGACAUCAUGGCAGCAGAAACUGUUAUUAAAUCUUGUCCUGUUAUGGUUUGUGAUAAGGGCAUACCUCUAAAGAUUGCAGCAGCAGCAUUGAAAUAUGGAAAGAGUUUAGACUGUAGAACAUUAUUUAAUCCCUCACCAAAAUUAGAGUUUGUGCCAGAUGAUGUUUAUGUGAACACUGAUGUUUUAGUUCUUAACAAGGAAGAAGGUGAAAGCUUGACAAGCAUUGCAGCAUGUGACUUUGAAGGAGUGAAAAAUAUAAUUUUGGAACUUCACAAGAGGGGUACUUCACAUGUAGUGCUGACACUUGGAUCAGAAGGAGCUAUCUCCUCUGAAAUGACUCUAGAGCACAAGAUUCCAUUAAUGAUACAUACCAGAGCAUCAACAGUUGAAGCAGUGGAUACAACUGGAGCUGGGGAUGCCUUAACAGGAGCAUUGGCUUUCUACUUGUCAUGUUAUCCUCAGCUUUCAUUUUCUGAAAUGGUAUCAAGAGCAGUACAUAUUGCAUCAAUUACCGUAACAGCUCAUGGUGUACAGUCCAGUUAUCCCACAAGAGACCAAAUAGAUGACUGGUUAUUUGAUGCUAAUUCAAGAACAUUUAAGGAGUUAGGCCUUGAAUUAUUGCACAAUGAAGUUAUAGAAGAUAAAGAUGUGGAAAAAUGUGAACAGUCAUCUGUAUUAUAAACCUAAACCUAACAGCUUAGGUUAUUAAAUUGCCAUUGUAAACCCAACAUUAACCCUUUCACUCCUGCAAGUGACCAAGAGAGAAUUUCUCCUUACAAUAUUAAUACAAUAUCAAGCAGGUAAGUGAUGAGAAUAGAGAAGAAUCUCAAUUAUGGGAUUGUUAGAGGAUCCAAUACCAAAUUCUCUGAACUAACAUCAUAAGAAUUGUAUGGCAGAUAGUAAGGAGAAUUACUAAUUAGAUCUUGGGAAUGAAAGGGUUAACUAUAUCACUAUCUCUGACAGACUGUCAUAUUCUGAAAGACUGUUUGAAAAGUAAACACAUAGCUAAGAAGUAAAGCAUUAAGGGAGAAUAUGAAGUCUAUGAGAAAAUCCUUGAGAGUUGGGCAACGUUUUAAAAAUACUCAGGAAGCUGGACAGUUUUAUUGCCUUCUUAUGUCCAACAUAAUAAAGCACAUGUAAUUAAUUGGCCAUUUUUUCAGAUACAAACUGAAAAUGUGUUUUCAUUGAAGUUGCAGAUCCA